AACAACAUUUUUUUUAUUCGUUAGUCAUCACUUGAUAUUUAAAGAUUCGAGUUAUUGCAUUUUCUUAUUAUUUUGAUAGUAUUUCAAAACGUAAACUGAACGCCGCCGAUUUAUACAGCGAGUGGGAAUAUUUUUGGAAAAUAAUAUUGUUUGCUUUCCAAAUUCCAAGUUCUAUCCUUCCAACUGGUUCAAGUCAGUCGUCGUAAGCUAAGAUAGAUAUUUAUACAAAAUGUCUCACACAAUUUUGCUAGUUCAGCCGGGCCCUAGGCCUGAAACGAGGACGUAUUCGGACUAUGAGAGCGUCAACGACUGUAUGGAAGGCGUUUGUAAGAUAUACGAAGAACACUUAAAAAGGCGGAAUCCAAAUACGCCGACGAUAACUUAUGACAUUUCUCAAUUGUUCGACUUUGUUGAUCAGUUGGCAGACCUCAGUUGCCUAGUGUACCAAAAAUCAACAAACACUUAUGCACCGUACAACAAGGAUUGGAUAAAGGAGAAGAUCUAUGUAUUACUACGCCAGGCAGCCGGCCAGAGCGACUGAGUUUACAUUAUUUAGUUAACAUGUAUAAAUAUUUACCAUUGGUAUGGAUUCACCUUUUGAUUUUUGAAUAUUGUUUCGAGUACAUUAAAAGUAAUGUUUUUGGGUUUUUCAUAGUUAAAUGACAUAUUAUAAUGGGGUACUUACCAUGAUUAAUACAUUGAUUUUGAAUUAUCGAUAUUCCAGCCUACUUGCAUGAGUUGUGGCCACAACAGGAGCAGUCCUGUCGUGACCAUAACUGUGAGUAGACAUAAAGUUCCAGCUGUCACGGGCAGUAUUGAACUACAAGCACUAAUUCUUGUUCCUUUCACUGGAACUUCACGAGCUGUCUGGCAAAAUGCACUCACAACAUCACUAUUAACUUUGGAUGUUGUAGACACUGUCCUGUCCCCCGAUUGUGUAAGAAAAACAUAUCUAUGGUUAUCGUUAUCAUCAAGAAAUUCUUCCCUUUGAUUGGCUCUAAAAAAAGGUAAACAGCGAAUGAACCAAUCAAAGGGCAGAAUUUCUUGACGAUAAUGAUAACCAUGAAUAUGUUUUUCUUACACAAUUUUAAAGUAGGUCUCUUAUCUAUCUCUUGGUAUCAUCAUGAUUGAAAUUCUAGCAUUUUGCUCUCUAACAUUUUUGCCCUAAGCCCAUUGAAAUUUAAAACUCAGUUGAAAUAUUGAUAAUUCAAAAUCAUUGUAGUACCCGUUAUAUACAUUAAACAUGAUCAUAGGACAAUCAGAUUAUUGAAAGUCUAUUCCCUAGCAAAUCAAUCUUGUGAUUGAAGAGUUACAUACUCUGCCGUCCCAUCCUCCAGUGUGGGCAGAUCAUUUCGCUCUCUCAUUUAAAUAUUAACCAAUGAAAUUUUGUAGCGAUGUUUUAGGAACUAAUAUCUUUGUCUGUGGUUUGUAGAUUUCUGUUAAAAUAUUUAGUUUCAAAGUCGAGCUGAAGGAUUUACAUACAAAUGUUUAAACCCAUUCAACUUUAACGGCAAGUUUGCAUAGACGAGGGACUAUUGUCCACGGAGGACAAAAUGUUCCUUAGUGAACAUUUUGUCCUGCAUUGCACUGCAUUGCAUAACGCAAACAAUAUGGCGAAAUACCGCAAAGUACUAAAUGAUGACGGACUUUUGUCCUCCAAUGAAUGUUGUCAGACAAUAGUCUCUUGCCUGUGCCGGCCCUAAAACUUACAAUUAUUACUGAAAUCUAUCAAACCUCAAACAAUUAUAAAGGAUGUAAUUAGAACAACAAAAACGAAGACAGGUGAUACUACUGAUGAUUACUGACAAGAUAGGUACCACCAAAAAAUCCUAUAUUUUCCAAAACUUCGCAAUUUGCAAUACGCAAAUAAAACAUCUGACUGACACUAGAGGUAAACGUACGUUGCAUAGAUAAGUGCCGCGCGGUCGAUGCCGCAUCGUAGGCGCGCGGCAAUAACCCCGAGCUUUGCACGCUAUACAUUGCGGGUUUGAAAAAUACUAAAUCACUAAACUUACAAGUAUAGGGUGAAUGGUUAUCGGUAUUGAUUUUUGUUCAGUUAUAGCGCUAGGUUUUUGCUGGCAUUCUAAUUACACACUAUAUUAGUUUCUGAACUACAAAACUUCAUUGAGUUUGAUUGGUGAAUAUUCAAGUGAGAGCCAAACUACGUUUAUAUGAGAAGUAAGAGUUGCUUAGAGAAACUUUUCAAUCUAGGCAGAUAUAAUUAUUGUCAGUAAUAGUACAAUUUAUAUUAAAACGUUUACGAUUUUGUUUUGUAUGUCUGAUUGAUUUUUUUGCUUGAAUGUGAACAAUACCUUCAGGGCUCCAGGAAAGAGUUAAGAUUAAAAAUACUACUAAUAA